AUGACGGAUAUACCAGACUACUUCCUGACUCGAAGACCGAGUCUGCCUGAUGAAGCAGCCAUCAAGAGAGUCAUACCGUCGUUACCUCGACCACAGACGUUCAGAAGACAACAGUCUGAGCAGAGAGACAGACUGCUACCUUUGGAUACCAGUGCGUCAGAGCGUAGAGCGGUCAGCGUGGAUCCGCGAAAAAGUCGAGGGAUGAGUGCUGCUGCUCCUGGACGGCCUCAAUCCCCGAAGCCCGUCCCACCACCAGCAACAUCUGCUCCAAAUGUUCUUGCUGCGGACAGAGACAAUGGUUUGCCAUUGAUUAGCCCAAAAUCUCUUGAAAGUCGCCCAGGGAACGAAUCGGUAACAAAACUCCCACCAUUGGAAGUACCAGAUGCCACCAAUGAAGCUCCCCUGACAGAUCGUGAAGGUCGCGGACAAUUUCUAGAGACAAGUUCACUCCAAGAAGAGUACGAGCAAAGGUGGAUAUUGAAUCUCAGCAUGCAGUUCCGAGACAAAUCGAACCGUGAAAAGUUCUUUGUGACAUACGCGGAGCGGCCCAACAAAUGGCGGAGAGUGACUGUAUCCCUCGACUAUCGAAACGCACCGCCAGACUCUCUCGAAGCUGAUCUCAGCACGCUUGUCUACCAGCGCGACAAGAGUCUCCGCGUCUACGAAGCCAUUCGCGAGUCAUUGCCUGACAUCCAGUACUACGACACUGUCACGAAUCUCAAGCUCGAGACCACUCCAGAGGACGGACAACUUCACGUGCAUGUUCGUGAGGAUGCGAACGAGACGAUCGAAUUUCCUGCUAUAUCGCUCUUCGACCACGUUCGACGACCGAGAUUCAAUGAGAACUCCAUUCAGCUGGACUCGCAUCUCUCGGGCUUUGUGUAUAAAGUGCGACUCGGCACCCGUGUGCUCAUCAAGAAAGAGAUCCCAGGACCAGACACGGUGGAUGAAUUCCUGUACGAAGUCAAUGCGCUGGACUCCUUGAUCGGCUGCGACCAUGUCGUGCAGCUGGAAGGCUUGGUCACGGACGAUCGAGGCGAGGUCGUCAAAGGUUUACUGCUGUCUUACGCGGCUCAGGGAGCUAUGGUAGAUAUGAUUUUCGACUUUCGAGGGACAUCCUCAAUGUCCUGGCAUCGCAGAGAGAAGUGGGCGAAGCAGAUUGUUAGCGGUCUUGCAGACAUCCAUGAGGCAGGUUUCGUGCAAGGUGACUUCACACUGUCGAAUAUCGUGAUCGACGAGGACGACAACGCUUUGAUCAUCGACAUCAAUCGGAGAGGCUGCCCGGUUGGCUGGGAGCCACCUGAGUUGAGCAGGUUCAUCGACAGCGGCCAACGUAUCAGCAUGUGCAUUGGAGUCAAAACGGACCUGUACCAGCUCGGCAUGGUUCUAUGGGCGCUGGCAGAAGAGGUCGACGAACCAGAGCGAGUCGAAAGACCUCUUCCUCCGGUCUUUGAGGAAAUCCCAGCGUACUAUCGCAAUAUCGUCGCGACAUGCCUUCGAGAACGUCCUCAAGGACGCGCAAGUGCAAAAGACCUGCUUCGCUACUUCCCA